AUGGUGCAGACAAUACAGAUCGUCGCUCUCUGCCUGGCUCUGAUUACCGGGGUCUGCGGAGACCAGAACCCACCCGCGGCCGCAGUGUGCUGCAUAGCCACCCCGUCGCCAACCAGCCCCUGCCAAAGCGCCACCACUACCACAACGCCGGCGCCGUUCGUCUGUCCCUUGGCGAAUGGCACGCCCUCUAGCCCCGCCCCCGCACAGAUGACCAGCGAAAAACCGUCGACAAUCAAAGAAAAACCGUCGACCAGCACAAUCGUCGCCAGGCAGCCCGACCCGAAUCCGUCGGAGCAACCGCCCAACUUCGUAAUUCCAACCUACCCCGGCAUCCCACACAUGCCCAUGCUCCCAUACCCCAUCCUCGGCAACUACAUGCCCAUCCUCCAGGACCCGACCACGGGGCAGAGGUAUUACGUCAUGCGAAACCCCAACCUGCCCACAAACAAGUACUCGCAAAUCCUGAACAUAUACACGCCGGACAUGAACCCCGGCUACUACAUCGUGCCAACUGCAGAGCCGCAGGCAAACAACGGUACCACCACUGUUAAGCCGAGCGAUAAAAGU